CGGAAGGAGAAAUUGUAGUUGUUCCCCUCAUUGCUACUGAGUGACACAGGCAAAUCUACCAAUAUUUCGUCUGAAAGCCAAAGUAAACGAAUCCACACAGUGCUACAACAGCAGUGGACGUUUGGAGUGAGUAUAUGUGGUGUUAUUAUGUAAGAAUUUAUGUUAGUAAAUAUGUUUUAUCGAAUCUACAUGUGAAUACGCAGGUAUACUCAACGGUGCGUCCGAAAGCUUGGGGGUCCUGUUUUGUUGAUGGGCGAAUGCCAAAUCAAAGCGCUAAUCUUGUAUGUUUACAAAUACUUUCGACUGUCGAGUCAAUCAUGAUGUAUUCAGCAAACGAAUUAAUGUUACGCUGUAGCCGACUUGACACAACUCAGUAUUCCCCUCACUCGUUGUUUUGCUGCCAUCAGAAGGUUGGUGGUUUUGGGCAAUAAUAGUGUGUGAUUGCAUGUGCAUGUGGGCAUUCCUGCAUCUGCAUGAAGCCCCCCCCCCCCCCCCCCCCCCCCCCCCUCGAUCUGGAAUCCCCCCCCUUCAAUCUGGAAUCCCAUUGGUUUCUGCAUGAACGCCCCCCCCCCCCCCCCCCGAGCACGACAUCUUCAUGCUUGUGAUAAUUUUGAAUGUAGAUCAAAAGGGAAAUAAAAGUAUUAUAAGAGCCCCACUCUGCUGUGUGCCGGAGUCCUUAGCUAUCACACAGUGUUGCCCCGCCUGCUGUGAACCGGAGUCCUCCUUACUAGCUAGUGGGAGUGACACCGGUAGACAGUGUCCUUCACUCCAACCUGCCCUCACCGUCGUUAACAGAGCUGCCGGAAAACAGUGCCCGACAGGCGAGGCUGAAAGACACUGUCUACCGGUGUCGCCCCCGCCUCCUGCAAGCUACUCAUAUACACAGCAGACGGGGGCAACGCUGUGUGCUAACUAACUAUCUUGCUGUGUACCGGAGUCCUCCUAGUACUAGCUAGCUAGCACAUAGUGUCCUUCGCUCCCGCCUGCCGAACACCUGCCCUCGCCGUUGUUAACAGAACUGCGGGAAAACAGUCCUCGACAGGCAGGGGCGAAGGACACUGUCUACCGUUGUCGCCUUCGCCUCUUCUUCUGUGGCGUUUAUCGGCGGUUGGCAUCCAACGUUAUGGUACCUACUGCACUGGAGCGCGCCUGCCUGUCCUAAUUGAAAAAUGGACCAAUAGUAGUAUAAAAUAAGUAUAUAAGUAUUUUUAAAAAUUAUUUAAAAAAUAGAAAUGUGUAAAGUGGUUGGCCCACUGGCUAUCAUAAAGUGAAUGCACCAAUUUGUAAGUCGCUCUGGAUAAGAGCAUCUGCUAAAUGACGUAAAUGUAAAUAAAGAGGUGUUCCUGCAGAUGCAGGCCGCAAUUGCUUUGCGUGGGUAAGCGCUGGCGCCUGUUUCACAUACUUGAUGCAGCAUUCUCAAUCUGCUCUUUGGUUUUAGAUUUGGACAGACUAUUCCCUAAACUGACACGAUGGUGAGUGACGAGUGAUUAUUUUUUGGGUUCAUUCUGUGUUUAAGUUUGAUUUAUUUAUUGUCAUAUUUUAAUCAUUACUGGAUAUCAGUGCAGUGUGCUAAUUGAGUAUCUUCCUGUCUCUCUUUCUCACAGCAUGGACGGAUAAAGCUGAAGUCCACCGCCCAGCAGGAGGAAGAGAAGAGAAACGAGAGAGAGAAGAAACUCAAGAUCUAUGUGGCAGCCCGAGAUGCCAUCUUUACUAAGGUCUGUUUGACAGAGACGCAUUCAGUCAAAAUCAGUUGCUUGGAUGGGAAGACAGAGCUGUGCAGUAACUUUGAAGAUCACAUUUUAUCACUUCCCUUUUCUUUUUCUCUUGUUGGUUUUAGAGGAUGGAGGGUAUGUUCGAUGAUGAGGCCCUUCAGUUGACCCAGCAGCUGCUCUCCUCCAAUCCUGAUUUUGCCACUCUCUGGAACUAUAGGAGAGAGAUCCUGUUGCACCUGGAGACUGUACGGUGAGGACACAACAACUCUUAUAAUGCAUUUUGCCCAUGGUGGCACAGCUGAGUCUCUUGUAGCUAUUAUUAUCUGAAAGUACCAAUACCUGUUCAUUAUGUAAGUGCAUCUAACUCACUACAAGUAAUGUCUUAACCUUUUCUCUGUAUCAGUGAGGAGGAUAAUGUGCAGAAGAUGUAUGAGGCUGAGUUGUUGUUUCUGGAGUCGUGUCUGAAGGUGAACCCCAAGUCGUACGGCAGCUGGCACCACCGAGGCUGGGUUUCAGCCCGCCUGCCCAGACCUGACUGGGCCAGAGAACUGGGCCUGUGUGACCGGUGCCUCAGUCUGGACGACCGCAACUGUGAGUCAGAGGGUAGGAGGAGGAUAGUGAGGGAGGAGAGGAGUUGGGGAGGGGAUACAGUUUAGAUGGAGGGUGGGUGGAGAGAUGGAUGGAAGGGAGCUUGAAAGGGACAAGAGAUAGAAAUGGAUGUGGCAGAGGAUCAAAAAUAUGUUUUGACCAUUCAUACUUAAUUUUUCUUAUAUUCAAUUUCCCCUCUCCUCGUCUUUCUCAGUUCAUUGCUGGGAUUAUCGCCGGAUGGUGGUGAAGAUGUCUGGUGUGCCUGUGGACCAGGAGCUGCAGUUCACUGACCGUCUCAUCGGCUCCAACUUCUCCAAUUACUCCAGUUGGCACUACCGGAGCACCCUCCUUCCCCUACUCCACCCUGAGUCCCCCGAGCCCCCCUCGCCCUGCCGCCAGCCCCCCCACUCCUCCCCUCCACCCUCCCCUCAGACACACUCUCAUCGCGUCUGUGAAGAGCAGCUGCUCAAAGGUACGGACAACACCAUGACCAGGCAGAGAGACAAACGCAUAUACACUGCUCAAAAAAAUAAAGGGAACACUUAAACAACAUCCUAGAUCUGAAUGAUUUAAAUAAUCAACGCAUGGAGGUCUGGGUUUGGAGUCACCCUCAAAAUUAAAGUGGAAAACCACACUACAGGCUGAUCCAACUUUGAUGUAAUGUCCUUAAAACAAGUCAAAAUGAGGCUCUGUAGUGUGUGUGGCCUCCACGUGCCUGUAUGACCUCCCUAUAACGCCUGGGCAUGCUCCUGAUGAGGUGGCGAAUGGUCUCCUGAGGGAUCUCCUCCCAGACCUGGAUUAAAGCAUCCGCCAACUCCUGGACAGUCUGUGGUGCAACGUGGCGUUGGUGGAUGGAGCGAGACAUGAUGUCCCAGAUGUGCUCAAUUGGAUUCAGGUCUGGGGAACGGCCGGGCCAGUCCAUAGCAUCAAUGCCUUCCUCUUGCAGGAACUGCUGACACACUCCAGCCACAUGAGGUCUAGCAUUGUCUUGCAUUAGGAGGAACCCAGGGCCAACCGCACCAGCAUAUGGUCUCACAAGGGGUCUGAGGAUCUCAUCUCGGUACCUAAUGGCAGUCAGGCUACCUCUGGCGAGCACAUGGAGGGCUGUGCGGCCCCCCAAAGAAAUCCCCCCCCCUCACCAUGACUGACCCACCGCCAAACCGGUCAUGCUGGAGGAUGUUGCAGGCAGCAGAACGUUCUCCACGGUGUCUCCAGACUCUGUCACGUCUGUCACAUGUGCUCAGUGGGAACCUGCUUUCAUCUGUGAAGAGCACAGGGCGCCAGUGGCGAAUUUGCCAAUCUUGGUGUUCUCUGGCAAAUGCCAAACGUCCUGCACGGUGUUGGGCUGUAAGCACAACCCCCACCUGUGGACGUCGGGCCCUCAUACCACCCUCAUGGAGUCUGUUUCUGACCGUUUGAGCAGACACAUGCACAUUUGUGGCCUGCUGGAGGUCAUUUUGCAGGGCUCUGGCAGUGCUCCUCCUGCUCCUCCUUGCACAAAGGCGGAGGUAGCGGUCCUGCUGCUGGGUUGUUGCCCUCCUACGGCCUCCUCCACGUCUCCUGAUGUACUGGCCUGUCUCCUGGUAGCGCCUCCAUGCUCUGGACACUACGCUGACAGACACAGCAAACCUUCUUGCCACAGCUCGCAUUGAUGUGCCAUCCUGGAUGAGCUGCACUACCUGAGCCACUUGUGUGGGUUGUAGACUCCGUCUCAUGCUACCACUAGAGUGAAAGCACCGCCAGCAUUCAAAAGUGACCAAAACAUCAGCCAGGAAGCAUAGGAACUGAGAAGUGGUCUGUGGUCACCACCUGCAGAACCACUUCUUUAUUGGGGGUGUCUUGCUAAUUGCCUAUAAUUUCCACCUGUUGUCUAUUCCAUUUGCACAACAGCAUGUGAAAUUUAUUGUCAAUCAGUGUUGCUUCCUAAGUGGACAGUUUGAUUUCACAGAAGUGUGAUUGACUUGGAGUUACAAUGUGUUGUUUAAGUGUUCCCUUUAUUUUUUUGAGCAGUGUAUAUACUGUCAGUGGAAUACAGUUGUGUAAUACUUUAAACAGGCAGGCAGAGGGCACUGUCACAAGGAAUACUAUGGGUUGGAUGGAAGGCAGAAUGAGGAGUUGAUGUGGGGUGGCUGUCUGUGUUAUCGACAUACGUUGCUUAACCCCUUUGUUUUGUUUUUUUCAGAGUAUGAGCUCGUACAGAAUGCCUUCUUCACUGACCCCAAUGACCAGAGUGCCUGGUUCUACUACAGGUGGUUGCUAGGCAGAGGUGUGUGUGUAAAAUUUUAUAUUUUCUAUAUAAAUUGUCUUGAUUAUCUUCCAUCAGUGAGCAGUAUGUGAGCUCUGUUUCUCUGCUUUUCUCAGCGGAGCGAGAGGAGAUGAUAAGCUGUGUGUUUGUCAGCCGUGAGGAGGAGAGAGUGGCUGUGGCCUUCUCCAGACCUGUCAACGUGAGUACUCCAACAAUUACCCUCAAAGUAGACACCUCUUACUGUAAAGUGUAUGUCCUCUGCUCCUUCUACAGUUAAACUCCAUUCCUCCCUGACUCUCUCCUCUCAGGCUUCAUCUAGUGGUCUGAUGCUGGUGUUGGAUGGUCAGCCCCAGCGUGUGGAAUGGAGGAGUGUCCAUCCUCACUUCAGACACAGCCCUGUCUGGGUAUCCUUUCCUUCACUGUACAAGGUCAAGGGUAAAAUGUGAAUGAUAGGGCAUAAUUUUGAUUUCUGCCAAAAAUAGACAUACCCAACCAUAAUUAUGUACUCAUUUUUGAGGACACAAGCUCAAGUACAUAGUACAAAUAUUAUGAAAAUAUGAAAAAUCAUAUGAUUUGUUCCCUAUUCAACAAAAGUGGGGCAAUAUGGCUUGAAAUGACUGAAAUGCUUUCUAAAUAUAGUAAGAAUCAAAUUAUAAACAACUUACUAUAAGAUUUCACAUUUCUUAUAAUUGUAAAAUAAAUAUGAUAAUACUUAGUGACAGUACAAUAUUGGCACUAUUUCAUAUAACUGAUGACAGAAUUUUCCUAAACGUCUACUGAGCAGCGUAGACAGCAUACAUUUUUUCGAUAUACAGUACCAGUAAAAGGUUUGGACACCUACUCGUUCAAGGGGUUUUCUUUAUUUUUACUAUUUUCUAAAUUGUAGAAUAAUAGUGAAGACAUCAAAACUAUAACAGCUUUGCACACUCUUGGCAUUCUCUCAACUCAAGCUUAACCUGGAAUGCUUUUCCAACAGUCUUGAAGGAGUUCCCACAUAUGCUUAGCACUUGUUGGCUGCUUUUCCUUCACUCUGCUGUCCGACUCAUCCCAAACCAUCUCAAUUGGGUUGAGGUCGGGUGAUUGUGGAGGCCAGGUCAUCUGAUGCAGCACUCCAUCACUCUCCUUCUUGGUAAAAUAGCCCUUACACAGCCUGGAGGUGUGUUGGGUCAUUGUCCUGUUGAAAAACAAAUGAUAGUCCCACUAAGCCCAAACCAGAUGGGAUGGCGUAUCGCUGCAGAAUGCUGUGGUAGCCAUGCUAGUUAAGUGUGCCUUGAAUUCUAAAUAAAUCACAGACAAAUCAAUUUUUAUUUUAUUUGUCACAUACACGUGUUUAGCAGAUGUUAUUGCGGGUGUAGCGAAAUGCUUGUGUCACCAGCAAAGCUCCCCACACCAUAACACCUCCUCCUCCAUGCUUUACGGUGGGAACUACACAGGCGGAGAUCAUCCGUUCACCCACCGCGUCUUACAAAGACACAGCGGUUGGAACCAAAAACCUCAAAUUUGGACUCAUCAGACCAAAGGACACAUUUCCACCGGUCUAAUGUCCAUUGCUCGUGUUUCUUGGCCCAAACAGGUCUCUUCUUCUUAUUGGUGUCCUUUAGUAGUGGUUUCUUUGCAGCAAUUCGACCAUGAAGGCCUGAUUCACAGUCCCCUCUAACUAAUGAACUUAUCCUCUGCAGCAGAGGUAACUCUGUGUCUUCCAUUCAUGUGGUGGUCCUCAUGAGAGCCAGUUUCUUCAUAGCGCUUGAUGGUUUCUGCAGCUGCACUUGAAGAAACUUUCAAAGUUAUUGAAAUGUUCCGUAUUGACUGACCUUCAUGUUUUAAAGUAAUGAUGGACUGUCGUUUCUCUUUGCUUAUUUGAGCUGUUCUUGCCAUAAUAUGGACUUGGUCUUUCACCAAAUAGCGCUAUCUUCUGUAUACCCCCCUACCUUGUCACAACACAACUGAUUGGCUCAAACAAAUUAACUUUUAUGAAGGCACACCUGUUAAUUGAAAUGCAUUCCAGGUGACUACCUCAUGAAGCUGGUUGAGAGAAUGCCAAGAGUGUGCAAAGCUGUCAUCAAGGCAAAGGGUGGCUAUUUGAAGAAUCUCAAAUAUAAAAUAUAUUUUGAUUUGUUUAACACUUUUUUGGUUACUACAUGAUUCCAUAUGUGUUAUUUCAUAGUUUUGAUGUCUUCACUAUUAUUCUACAAUGUAAAAGUAAAGAAAAACCCUUGAAUGAGUAGGUGUCCAAACUUUUGACUGGGAGUGUGUGUGUGUGUGUGUGUGUGUGUGUGUGUGUGUGUAUAUAUAGCUGUGGAAAAAAAUUAAGAGACCACUGCACAGCAUCUCUACAUGUAUGACGGCCAUUCCAUUCCAGUGUCUGUUGAAUUCCAACACAGGCACACCUCAUUCUACUGAAUUAGGUACCGAUUAGGUGAUUACCUGAACCAAAUCUUAUUUAAUGAGGAAAAGUAUAAAAACCACUGCUGUGGUCAUCACUAUCCUCUAUCAAUAGGACCAGCUGGUUGGUAAAAACAGUGCUAAUAGUAUUUCAAAAGUAAUAUUAAUCAAAAAAUAACUAUUGACCAUGCCAAAAGAGUUGAAAAGGAAACUUUUGAGUGAGGAAAGGAAGGGUUCAAUUCUGGCUUUACUGGCAGAGGGAUACAGUGAGCGUCAGGUUGCUUCCAUCCUUAAAACUUCAAAGAUGGCGGUUCAUAAGAACAAGGUCAAGCAGCAGACAUUGGGGACAACAAAGCUACAGACCGGCAGAGGGCGAAAACGACUCUCUACUGACCGGGAUGACCGCCAACUCAUUCAUAUGUCACUCAACAACUGUAGGAUGACAUCAAGUGACCUACAAAAAGAAUGGCAAACGGGAGCUGGGGUGAAAUGCACGGCGAGGACGGUUCGAAACAGGCUCCUAGGGGCAGGGCUGAAGUCGUGCAAAGCUAGAAAAAAGCCCUUCAUCAAUGAGAAGCAAAGAAGAGCCAGGCUGAGGUUUGCAAAAUACCAUAAGGAUUGGACCGUAGAGGACUGGAGGAAGGUCAUCUUCUCUGAUGAGUCCAAUUUUCAGCUUUGCCCAACACCUGGUCGUCUAAUGGUUAGACGGAGACCUGGAGAGGCCUACAAGCCACAGUGUCUUGCACCCACUGUGAAAUUUGGUGGAGGAUCAGUGAUGAUCUGGUGGUGCUUCAGCAAGGCUGGAAUUGGGAAGAUUUGUCUUUGUGAAGGACGCAUGAAUCAUGCCACGUACAAGGUUGUCCUGGAAGAAAACUUGCUUCCUUUUGCUCUGACAUUGUUCCCCAACUCUGAGGAUUGGUUUUUCCAGCAGGACAAUGCGCCAUGCCACACAGCCAGGUCAAUCAAGGUGUGGAUGGAGGACCACCAGAUCAAGACCCUGUCAUGGCCAGCCCAAUCUCCAGACCUGAACCCCAUUGAAAACUUCUGGAAUGUGAUCAAGAGGAAGAUGGGUGGUCACAAGCCAUCAAACAAAGCCGAGCUGCUUGAAUCUUUGCGCCAGGAGUCACCCAACAUCAAUGUGAAAGACUGGUGGAGAGCAUGCCAAGACGUAUGAAAGCUGUGAUUGAAAAUCAGGGUUAUUCCACCAAAUAUUGAUUUAUGAACUCUUCUUAAGUUAAAACAUUAGUAUUGUCUUUUUUUUAAAUGAACAUUAACUUAUUUUCUUUGCAUUAUUCGAGGUCUGACAACACUACAUCUUUUUGUUAUUUUGACCAGUUGUCAUUUUCUGCAAAUAAAUGCUGUAAAUGACAAUAUUUUUAUUUGGAAUUUGGAGAAAUGUUGUCAGUAGUUUAUAGAAUAAAACUAAAAUGUUAUUUUUACCCAAACACAUACCUAUAAAUAGUAAAAUAUAUAUAUACAGUUGAAGUUGGCAGUUUACAUACACUUAGGUUGGAGUCAUUAAAACUAGUUUUUCAACCACUCCACAAAUUUCUUAUUAACAAACUAUAGAUUUGCCAAGUCGGUUAGGACAUCUACUUUGUGCAUGACACAAGUAAUUUUUCCAACAAAUGUUUACAGACAGAUUAUUUCACUUAUAAUUCACUGUAUCACAAUUCCAGUGGGUCAGAAGUUUACAUACAAUAAGUUGACUGUGCCUUUAAACAGCUUGGAAAAUUCCAGAAAGUGAUGUCAUGCCUUUAGAAGCUUCUGAUAGGCUAAUGUGAGUCAAUUGGAGGUGUACCUGUGGAUGUAUUUCAAGGCCUACCUUCAAACUCAGUGCCUAAUUGCUUGACAUCAUGGGGAAAUCAAAGACCUCAGAAAAAAAAUUGUAGACCUCCACAAGUCUGGUUCAUACUUGGAAGCAAUUUCCAAACGCCUGAAGGUACCACGUUCAUCUGUACAAACAAUAGUAUGCAAGUAUAAACACUAUGGGACCACGCAGCCUUCAUACCGCUCAGGAAGGAGACGCAUUCUGUCUCCUAGAGAUGAACGUACUUUGGUGCGAAAAGUGCAAAUCAAUCCCAGAACAACAGCAAAGGGCCUUGUGAAGAUGCUGGAGGAAACAGGUACAAAAGUAUCUAUAUCCACAGUAAAAUUAGUCAUAUAUCGACAUAACCUGAAAGGCCGCUCAGCAAGGAAGAAGCCACUGCUCCAAAACCGCCAUAAAAAAGCCAGACUACAGUUUGCAACUGCACAUGGGGACAAAGAUUGUACUUUUUGGAGAAAUGUCCUCUGGUCUGAUGAAACACAAAUACAACUGUUUGGCCAUAAUGACCAUCAUUAUGUUUGGAGGAAAAAGGGGGACGCUUGCAAGCUGAAGAACACCAUCCCAACCGUGAAGCAUGGGGGUGGCAGCAUCAUGCUGUGGGGGUGCUUUGCUGCAGGAGGGACUGGUGCACUUCACAAAAUAAAUGGCAUCAUGAGGAAGGAAAAUUAUGUGGAAAUAUUGAAGCAAUAUCUCAAGACAUCAGUCAGGAAGUUAAAGCUUGGUCCCAAAUGGGUCUUCCAAAUGGACAAAGAACCCAAGCAUACUUCCAAAAUUGUGGCAAAAUGGCUUAAGGACAACAAAGUCAAGGUAUUGAAGUGGCCAUCACAAAGCCCUGACCUCAAUCCUAUAGAAAAUGUGUGGGCAGAACUGAAAAAGCGUGUGUGAGCAAGGAGGCCUACAAACCUGACUCAGUUACACCAGCUCUGUCAGGAGGAAUGGGCCAAAAUUCACCCAACUUAUUGUGGGAAGCUUGUGGAAAGCUACCCGAAACGUUUGACCCAAGGUAAACAAUUUAAAGGCAAUGCUACCAAAUACUAAUUGAGUGUAUGUAAACUUCUGACCCACUGGGAAUGUGAUGAAAGAAAUAAAAGCUGAAAUAAAUCAUUCUCUCUACUAUUAUUCUGGCAUUUCACAUUCUUAAAAUAAAGUGGUGAUCCUAACUGACCUAAGACAGGGAAUUUUUACUUGGAUUAAAUGUCAGGAAUUGUGAAAAACUGAGUUUAAAUAUAUUUGGCUAAGGUGUAUGUAAACUUCCGACUUCAUCUGUAUAUAGUAACCCGGACAACGCUGGGCCAAUUGUGCGGUUGUGACACAGCCUGGGAUCUAACCCGGGUCUGUAAUGACCUUAGACCGCUGCGCCACUCAAAUGUGUGCAGACUCGUUACAACUUCAGCUUUAAGCACAAAGUGAUUUAGUCCAUAUUUGACCAAGAGAAAGUGGUUUUGUUACAAUUCUAUUAAAUUAUUUAGUAUUUUUUCAUGUUGAGAGUUCUAAAUCCAGCUGAGAAUAUCACAGUGAGAUGAAACCACAAUGGCUGGACUUGCUAGACUGUCACUGUUCAUAUGCCGUCUUCCAGGCUGGGCUCACUUGCUUAGAGGAAGAGAAAAUUGAUUAUUUGUCUGGAUAGGCCAGAAAAUGUGACAUGUCACUCCCUAUGCAAAUGUUGGGUCUGAAACCUGACAUUCAAGCCAGCUCUGCUGAGAGAGGGGAAACGGAGAGCAGACAGAUGGGGCUUUCUGGCACUAUAAGGUAUGGGACCCUACGACGUUCACAAGCGCUUUGUUCACCAAAAUGUCAGACGGAACCAGUCCAGAACAGCUCAAAGUCCCCCAUAUGGGAGACUUAACAUCUAAGAGGUUAAAGACAUUAAUCUAUUCUAGGCAUGUGGUAAUGCACUUUUCCUUUGUGCUGCUCAGUGUUCAUUGUUUCUUUUUCAUUCCUUUCUCAUCCCUGUGUUGUAGUCUACAGUAGGUUUCAUCAUUCUUAACAUGCCUCUUUUUGAUAAUAGCUCUCCAUAUCUGUUACUGAAAGACAGUUAAAGAAACCAAGGAACCUUUACAGACAUAGAGAAUUACUUUAUCUCUGCAGAGCGUUGGGCCAGUAACCAAAAGGUGGCUGGUUCGAAUACCCAAGCCGACAAGGUGAAAACGUAACCCUAAUUUGCUCCACGGACACGGUACUACUAUGGCUGACCCUGUAAAAUAUAUAAUGUCACUGCACCUAUCUGGUGUAUGUGACAAUAAAACUAUUGUUUCCACACUUACACUAUUUGAUAAUGGACCUUAACAUGGUGUCAGAUCUGUGAGCUUCCUCCUGGCACUAUCAGUGACAUCAUUAAUGAACACAACCUGACCGUGCACUGGACUGAGAAACACACUCACAGAGACUGCGCUCUGUACACAGGUGAAAUAAUGUUUAUGUGCUUAUGCACGUUCUGGGUGUUGUACAUGCUCUUGUCUUUUUUUAUGUUAACAUGUCUGCGAUGGGUAUAUAAUGUUUGAGCAAGACUUCAGUCCUUGCUCUCUGCUUCCCUCUAGCCUCACCUCACAGUAUUGUCUCCAUCUUUCCCAGGUCGGUCUGAGAGUUGGUGCAGGGAUUCUGCCACUGACCAGGAGCUCUUCAGGUACAGUUGUGUGUGUGUGUAUGAAUACAGAAUAUCAGAGCUUAAGAAGACUCAGGUUGGUAUAUCAGACUUUCUGUUUACUGAAUGGGAAAAACACCUCAGCAUCGUUUUUGUCUCUGGUAGGAGUGAGCUGUCUGUGGAAAAGACCUCUGUGUUGCAGUCUGAAUUACAGUCCUGCAACCAACUGCUGGAGCUGGAGCCUCAGAACAAAUGUAAGUACACACUUUGAGUGUAGUGUGUAUAUUUGGGUUUGUUAUUUAUCUAUCACUAUUGGAAACUUAUCAUAAAAUGUAUGACAAUUGUAAUUUCUCGCUUUCUCAGGGUGCUUGCUGACCAUCAUUCUGCUCAUGAGGGCACUAGAUCCCCUAGGAUACGAGAGAGAGACCCUUUCUCACUUCCAGACUCUUAAAGUUAGUGCUUUACAGGGCUAUUACAUAGUGGUGUACACUAAUACAUGAUAGAUGUGUUUUCUAUCACUGCUCUGUGUCUCUCUCACACAGGAGGUGGACUCCAUGCGCUCUGCGUAUUACGGUGACCUGUGCAGUAAGUUCAUGAUCGAGAACACCAUUCUCAAGAUGGAGUACGCUGAGGUCCGGGUCUUCAGUCUCUCUGACAAGGUUAGUGCUGUCUGUUCCUUUCUGUAUCUGUCUAUCCUUGUCCAUCCAUCCCCAUUCUCUUUGUGGCUGUAAGUCCAUCUAAUGUCUUUCACCCUCACCUUAACAGAACCUGACCACGUUAUGCCACCUGGACCAGCUGCUAUUGGUCACUCAUAUCAAUCUAUCAUGCAAUCAGCUGCUGAGGCUGCCUCCUCAGUUUGCCAUGCUGCAGUGCCUCGAGGUAUAGUACUUAAAAAACAUUUUAUGUUAUGCUCAAAAUAACAUUUAUUCCUGUUCUGUACUGUAGUUUUUGUACUUAAUAUUUUGAUGUGUCUGUCUGCCAAUAUGGCCUUCUAUUUCCCAGGUAUUGGAGGCUGAUGACAACGCUAUUGCGAAUUUGGAUGGACUGUACCAUCUCCCCAAGUUGCAAGAAGUGUCCUUGAAGAACAACCGUAUCCUUGCCUUUCUCUUUAGAUCAGUUUUAUUGUGGUAAUACAUUACAAUGUUUAUAAUACUGUUAGAGAUUUUGUAAUUUUCUUUGACCAUAAUAUGCAGAAAUAUCCAAACUCUCUGACCUUCAACUCCUGACUUCCUGCCCAAAGCUGACCUGCCUUGAUCUCCGUGGCAACCCUGUCACCCAGAUUGCCAACAUUCAAUCCGAGUUGGCCGAGCUACUGCCCUCAGUCACUGAUCUCCUGAUCUGAUUGGACAAAUGGCAGGGCUCAUUCUAAGUUUCCCUUAGACACAGAUCUAGGAUCGGCUUAUCACCCCCAAAAAAUAACCAUUCUAGGCGGGAAACGGAAAACUGACAUUAGAUCAGUGUCUACGGGCAACUUCCCCCUAUUUCCGGAGUACUACCAUCAGCAGCAUUUGUUUGUGUGUGUCCAUGUUUGUGGGUAUGCAUGUAUGUGAGAAGCAGAGGGGUGUUUAAGUGUUUUGUCUCCUUUCCACUAUGUAUUCCUCUUGUGUGGGGACAUUGAUUCACAGCGACCCCCACUCAUUUUAAUGCCUGAUAACAUUGGACCUCACUUAAACAUUCUCACAAACCUGUGUGUUUAUUAUGUGUAUGUACAGUUUGUUCGUGUGUGUGCGCUCUAUCUCUCUCAUACAGGUCAAGACACCAAUCUGCAUGCUGAUUCACUGA